CAAUAAACGAUUAAAUAUCUAGUCUUUGUGACAUUCUUACGAAAGUAUUAGAAAGUGUUAACAGAAAAACGAACAUUAUGAAAUUUCUGAUUCUUUAUCUAUUGAUGACCGUACACGAGGCUACAAGUUAUACAGAAGAAACGAAAUGCAGCGUUCAAAAUGAUAAUAUUGAUUGCAGCCAUUUAGAUUUGACAACAAUACCCAGGCAUCUUCCAGUAAACGCGACCAGUCUGAACUUAAUUUGGAACAGUAUCAAAAUAGUCAAAAGCUUUUCUUUUAAGUCUUUGCGAUACAUUACAUACCUUGAUUUGGGAAGAAAUGUUAUAGAGUUAAUCGAGAUAAAUGCUUUCCAUGGCCUACAUCGUCUACGAACUCUACAUCUUCACGACAAUGUUAUCAAUGUUUUUCCUGACGGCAUGUUCGAAAGACUAAAUGGUUUACAAGUUUUGUCAAUUGAUGGCAAUAAACUAAAAUAUUUCCAAGAUGAUAAAAUAACAAAAGUAUCAAAGAUCGUGUCACUGACCACACUUUCGUUUGACGUUUAUCCAGAUUUCAAAUUUCCCAGGCAAUGGGGUACGUUAAGUAAGUUGACAGAUUUGAGGAUAUUUGCUAUGUCAGCAAAAGUAAAAUUCAACAAGGCAAUGUUCGUUCAUGUUAAUAUGAUGCAAACUACUGCUCUCUCCAUAAACGUUGUGCCGUUCAUUUCGGAAGAUUUUUUCGAACAUUUUCCUAAAUUAGAGUCAAUAACACUAUCGAUAGGUAGUGAUUUACCGAACAAUCCAAUAGACCAAGUAUUCAAAUCUUUUGGAAUUUUUAGGGGAAAGAACAUUUCAAACCUUGAAAUAAGGUCUGGCAGAUUUGAUAAUUGGUUUAUUUUAAAUUACAAGAGAAUGAGGUAUUUAUGGUCAAUUUGUUUGAAACGACUGACAUUGAAUAAUCUUUACAUUAAAGAUAUACCUAUAUAUGCGAUGCAAGUAUUUUGUAUCAAAAGCACAUGUCUCGAGUACCUGGAAUUUUCUGACAAUAUCAUGUUUGACCGAGGAGCUGCUGUAGUUGCAGUUAUGAAUAAUUUAAAAAAUUUGAAAGUUUUGAAAAUUACAAGAAAUUGGCGUAAUUCGAGAAGAAAACGCUCACAACCAUCAAAAUUAUAUAAUUUUGUACUUCCAAAAACUCUUGAAGAAUUGUAUAUAGAACAUAACAUGGAUGGUGAUAUGGCCGAUGUUGAAGUUGUAAACGGUUUCAAUCUACGUGUGCUAAGCUUGAAGGACAAUGAAAUGUGGUCAUGCAUUGGAACUUUUACAGGAAUUAUAAAUGUGGAGUAUACCUCAAUCUCUUGGAAUUUUUAG